AGCGCCCAAAAAAAAAAAAAAAAGAAAAUCAAAAUGAAGAGAAAGAGAGAAGAAAACAAUCAGAGCAGCAGCAGCAACAAUAACAACGACAUGGAGAUAGUUUGGCAAACCCCAGCAAAUCCGCCGCAGAAAGAGGACUACAUUUUUCACAACGGGAGGCGUCAUGUUAGACCGUACUACUUUGAGUUCAUCUGUCAUGUUAAGAAUCGCUGGACGGGAAAAACAAUAGUGGACUUGUUCGCCGAGGAGUUCAAAGGCCGACCUUAUGAUUACUACGUUAGUGCUGUCAAAUGUGGACGGAUACAAGUCGAUGGGGAACUGGUGCCUGUUUCAUACAUAGUUAAAUCAUCACAAAAGAUAAGCCACUUCUUACACAGGCAUGAACCCCCUGUUAUGGCUUGGGAUAUCACAAUUCUCCAGAAAGAACCAGAGGUGCUCACAGUUUGCAAGCCAGCAUCUAUUCCAGUGCAUCCAUGUGGUCAAUAUCGUAAGAACACUGUUGUUGGCAUCCUUCAGGCAGAGCAUGGGUUGGCACCUUUAUUUCCUAUUCACCGGUUGGACCGUCUUGUAUCUGGACUACUCAUCUUUGCCAGAAAUGCUACUAGAGCAGAUCUCUUUAGGCAACAGAUUGAAGCCGGCAUGGUGCAAAAGCAGUAUAUUGCAAGAGUCAUAGGGGUAUUUCCAGAGGAUGAGAAAGUUGUUGAUGUUAACAUAAAUUACAAUGCUAGAGAAGGAAAAAGUACUGCGGAGGAAGGCCAAUCUUUUCGUGAUAAACCUGUCAAGGGAAAGGCUGCACGUACAAAAUUUACUAGGAUAUGCACAAAUGGAACUCAUAGCAUUGUACAGUGUGAACCAAUCACUGGCCGGACUCAUCAAAUACGUGUUCAUUUGCAGUACACUGGCCAUCCAAUAGCCAAUGAUAUGCUUUAUCUCUUUGACCAUGUGACUGAUCGAUCAACUGAAAGAAUGAGUGCUGAUAGAGCUGCUGCUAAUUCUGGCCAUACUAAAACAUUCUCUUCUGAUGGGCAUGAGUACUCCAGUAAAGAUUUCAGCAUUGAUCCUAUGUGCACAAACUGCCCAAACUUGGGUCCAAAAGGAUAUGACGGCCGUGAUGAAGCGCUCUGGCUACAUUGUGUUAGAUAUUCUGGACCCGGAUGGACCUAUGAAUGCCCAUACCCAGAUUGGGCAUUGCAUAGCUAAUGAGUCUGUAUUUAAUCUAGAGAGAAAUCUAUCACUCAUUGCCUCAAAGUUCUGUUAAAAUAGGUUUAGCAAUCUGUGGCUGGGAGGUGAUUCAUUUUGUAGACAAGGAUUGUCCCGUGGAACAUAUAAUUUAACUAUGGAUGUAUGUAAUUAACUAUUUUGAUUUUGAAAAUUUACCAUUUUUUUCCUA